AUGGAUCACAUCUCAACUCUCUGUGCAUUGAGCACAGUUGGAAUAGCUCCCACCGGUCUUGCGCUCGGUCGCGCCGAACGGACUCAGAGGCCUGGGCUCUUUCGGCGAAAGACUCUCUUUCAGGAUAUCCUCGAGCCGCUCCCUAAUAACAGUGAACAGACAGCAGUCGCCCGGCCCAAAACCGCUCUCUCAUCCCGCAGUCCGGCCGCCGAGUGGCUUGCCGCAAAGGAACAGGAAAGCUUGCAGGGAAACCAAGAAUCCAAUCUGCGAAAAGCGCCCUUGUCGUUCAGCGGUGCAAGACGCCGCCGUCGGGGUCAAACUCUCACAAACCCACCCCUGCGGAUUCCGGAAAAUGAGUCGACUGACUCGCCGGUCGAAAUACAAACUCAGCGGCCAUCCUCUGGUUGGCUGCGGCGGCUGUCGAUGGCCUCGUUCCAAGCUGAAACCCCGACUGCAGGUAGUCCAACAACGCCCUCGUUCAAUGGGUCAGAAAGCCCACUCGUUCCUCGCUCGCCCUAUCUGCGAAGAACCCCAAACAAAUUGGUGAAGCGACCGGCUUCGCAACAUACAAAUACGCAUGCUCUCUGCAUGAACCCCAUCUCUGAACCGUCGCCGGCUGCGCUGCGCAGGCCCGCCACUAGUCACCAGAGGUCGGAGUCGAUGUUCCUCCGGACUUCCUCUACAACGGACUUCAAUGCAUACUUUCCGAAGACGCCUGUCGAAGGUCCAGCAAUCGAAGAAUUCGAGCUCGAAAAGAAGAAGCACUGGAUGCCAUUCUUCGUUCCCAAAGCUGGGAAAUUAGCAGAGAGGCUUUCGCGCAGGUUCUCGACCUCCACUGCCCCAAAGGUUCAGAGUGUACGCCAAAUUGCGUCUGACAAUGGCGCUCUUCCUGUGUUGGUUGCGGCUAAUAUGAUCUCCCCCACGGCUGCUGCGCCAGAAGACAUAUCAGUACCUAAUACCCCAAUCGAAUUCCGCAAUCCGUUCCAAAUGCCUAUCUCCGAGCCAACUCCCAAGGAGUCGGUCGCCCCGGAACAGCAAACAGCGAAAUCCGGCCAUAAACAGUCAUACUCGGUUAACGAUAUUGAGCCGAAAAUCAUCAUGGCAAACACAGUCACUGCCCACGGGACACCGAUUAUGGGACCCGUUCGCGGCGGCUCUCUGAAGCGAGUGAAGGGAAGGACCUUUUCGAUCCCUGCCUCCGAGCUCUCAAUGGAAGAGCAGAAUGUCCCUAUUCCGAACUCCUCGGAGCCGGAGCCGCGGCGCAACAUCACUGAUCCAAGCGUGUUUCGUGCCCCCUAUCCCACUUCGCAAUCUGGUUGGGCUGACUCGGCUUUGGAAAGACGGUCUCAGGUUGGUCCCCGAUCGGUGUCGCAGGACUACAGCGUUGGCUUGGGACCUCGGGCCGGUGCACGUCAAAUGACCUCGGAUGCGGUCGCCCUGUCGGCCUGGCAGCAGGCAUCUCGUCCUGGUGGUCGACCUCAUGGUUCCCUUCGUCGCCGUCCGAAGGGAUUUUCGAUUUCAUGUUCCGAUCCGGCUUCCACCGUCAUUGGCUCCGAUGACACUCAGGUGUUUACAUCGUGCGAUGGAUAUGAGACGGACUUUAUUUCAGACUAUUGGGACUCUGUCCGCACACGUGAAACCAAUCGCAGUGGACUGAAGGGACUGCGGAUUGAGACGAUGUUUGACAAGGCAGGUACAAGCUUGGUGAAUGAAGAAGCCACGACCUUGGAGUCUCUCCUCCCGCGGGGCUCCUUCGCCGCUCGGUCUUCGGACAAGGAUCCCCAAUUAUUCACUGAUCCGCUUCUGUCGUCCCCUCCUUUGGUUCAAACAUCCAUGGUUGAAACUCCGUUCGUGGCUGACGAUGAUGCUUUCAGCAUGAUUGGAGCGCUUCCGAGCAAUGAUCGUGAUUGUUUUUCAUCUUCUCUGACCUAUUCAUUGGCGAAAUUAGCAGAGCAGCCCGACUCGGGCACUGGUGCAGCUAAGGAUAUGUCUGAAUCGGUGGGUGACUUGGAGUCGGAUGUCAACAAGAAAACAAACAUCUUUGACUGGUCGGAACACGCGCACCAUACCCGCGAAACUUCAGACUCUGAGGCGCGUCCUAAGACUAUGCAGGGAAAACAAGAGGGGGUUGUUGAUAGGAGCCGGGCUGUUUGCCGGAAAGCACCAUCCACUGUCCACCUUAGGAGCCAGAGUGUCCCUGUCGCCAGUGAACUUCCCAUCAACGAAUCACGUCAAACUUCUGGCAAGUUUGGUACUUGGGGAUUGGGAACUAAAGGUGUGAGUGAAGAUUGGGACAGCGAUUUUGAUUUCGACGAGGCGGAGGACACACCAGUCGCCGAAGACAAACCACUUGUUGAGCCCGAUAUCAAUCGCCAGAGCAUGACUGUUCCCAAGGCCAUUCUGGAGCGUCAAGCAAGUCUUCGUGGUCAAUUUGGGCAGGUUCAGGAAUUAACCAUGCUGGUGGAGGAAUUGAAACGUCUUCGGCAUCAGGCAAAUGUCCUCCGAAUUGUCAACGGACCUGCCAGUGAAUUGUGGGCAGAAGCAGAGCAGAUCGUGAACCUUGCUACCAUUGAUGAUGAUGAAGCUCGUCGCUCGCCACCAGGGUCUCCUCAAUCCCUUACUUUCAGUUUUGAUGAAUCUGACGAUGAUGGCCUUAAUGGGUCGUCCAAGCGGAACAGCGAAGUCUCCUGGGACGUGCCCAGUGGUGAAAACAAAGCCAUCUUGCCCCUCGCUCAGCUCGUAAAGGACUCCCAAAAGUCCAAAUCUGUUCUUGAUAUCCUCCAGCCUCGUGGUCAGGAGCCCGCUUUAGGUCUUGACGGGUCAGAAUUGGCAUCACGCGGAAAGAAACUUCCGUUUGAUACUUCCUCGUUGAAGAAUUUGGUGGUUCGUGCGGGUGUGGUGACGCGGGCGUUGAAGGAAGUUAUUCGCAAAGCCGACGGGGUGGCAGACAGCCCUCAGGACUUCCAAGACCCGCCAUUCCGACGCAUUUUCGACAAACCAUCCCACGAUGAUAUUGCCAGCUUUGAGGCAGCGCUGGCUGACAUGUCCUAA